CCGCACUAGAAGGACUCGCACAGAACCCGGAAGCGUUCCUCAAUCGGCCGUAAUCACUAUUCAUUCUGUCUGCAGCACUUUAAAUAACCUCAUAUACCGUCGAAACGCCUGUCGACGCCAAAUUGCGGAUACACUCGCCCGGAGUUAGGUUUAGCAAGCAUGGCUGGUCGGUUACCGGCUUGUGUUGUCGACUGUGGCACGGGAUAUACAAAGCUUGGUUAUGCAGGAAACACAGAACCUCAGUUCAUCAUUCCUUCAUGUAUUGCAAUCAAGGAAUCAGCCAAGGUGGGCGACCAGGCCCAGCGCAGGAUGAUGAAGGGUGUGGACGAUCUGGACUUCUUCAUCGGUGAUGAAGCUAUCGAUAAACCUUCAUAUGCAACAAAGUGGCCCAUCCGUCAUGGGAUAGUGGAAGACUGGGACCUGAUGGAGAGGUUUAUGGAGCAGGUUAUCUUCAAGUAUCUGCGGGCAGAACCUGAAGACCAUUACUUCCUCCUGACAGAGCCUCCUCUUAACACACCAGAAAACAGAGAAUACACUGCUGAGAUCAUGUUUGAGUCAUUCAAUGUCCCAGGUCUCUACAUUGCUGUUCAGGCUGUCCUGGCGCUGGCUGCCUCCUGGACAUCCAGACAGGUUGGGGAGCGGACGCUGACAGGGACUGUGAUCGACAGCGGAGACGGAGUCACACACGUCAUCCCCGUGGCUGAAGGCUAUGUGAUUGGCAGUUGCAUAAAACACAUUCCCAUCGCUGGUCGAGACAUCACAUACUUCAUCCAGCAGCUGCUGAGGGAACGAGAGGUGGGGAUCCCUCCUGAACAGUCCCUGGAGACCGCCAAAGCUGUCAAGGAACGGUUUAGCUACGUGUGCCCUGACCUGGUGAAAGAGUUCAACAAGUACGACACAGACGGCUCCAAGUGGAUCAAGCAGUACACAGGCAUCAACGCCAUCAGCAAGAAGGAGUUCACCAUCGACGUGGGCUACGAGCGCUUCCUGGGGCCCGAGAUCUUCUUCCACCCUGAGUUUGCCAACCCAGACUUCACCCAGCCUAUCUCGGACGUGGUGGAUGAAGUGAUUCAGAACUGCCCGAUCGAUGUCAGGCGUCCGCUCUACAAGAACGUGGUGCUGUCUGGAGGCUCCACCAUGUUCAGGGACUUUGGCAGGCGCCUGCAGAGGGACUUGAAGAGAACUGUGGAUGGACGACUGAAACUCAGCGAGGAACUGAGUGGUGGCAAGUUGAAGCCCAAGCCCAUUGAUGUGCAGGUCAUCACUCAUCACAUGCAGAGGUACGCUGUCUGGUUUGGAGGAUCCAUGCUGGCUUCUACUCCUGAGUUUUACCAAGUGUGCCACACCAAGAAAGACUACGAGGAGAUCGGGCCAAGCAUCUGCCGCCACAACCCCGUGUUCGGUGUCAUGUCUUAGGCACCGGCGUGACGCAUUCGGAGGAGACCGAGGAAACGGAGAAGGCGGUGCAAGACCACACGUACUGUGGAAGUACCAUGAGCCUUUGCACAGAUGCUCCGACAGACCUGUUCAUUGGGAUAGAGCGACAGUGGACCAAACAAACUGCCCAAACAGUGGCAACAUCCUCACAAAUUAGAGGAAAGAGGUGACUAAGCCCAAAGGAUCCUCAAAUAAUAUGUUUACUGCAAGUAGGUUAAUGCUAGGUGAUAAGAUCUUUAAUUUCUAUGUGCCUCGUAUAUGUUCUUAUAAUAUCCUCACAGGGUUGUCAUAUGUAAUUAAUCAACAUGAGUCCUGUAUAAAUGCACUUCUCUGUGUGUAUGGGUUGGGGUUCUCGCUAUAUGUUACAUGCACCGAUAAAUCAAGACUGAGGGUGUGUUUCAAGUCUAGCUAGAUAACUUUCCAAAAAUCAUCAAGGAGCAAAACACCUUUGGAUCACUAAAGACAUCAAAUGGAUGUAGGAAUACAAGAUGUUAUUAAGAAAAAAUAACAACAACAAAAAGAACAAAAUCAUCAAUUCUACAAGACACAGAUAAUUACUAACCAUUCCUGAUUUUGUUUUUCUUCCUAUCUCUUUUUGCAAAAUGUCCCUAGAAGGAAUAUUUAUUUGAUGAGGUUGUAAAAGAAAUCACACAUUGUUGUUUUUCUUUUCACUCCUUAAAUAUGGGAAAUCUGUUCAAAUAAUUUCCCCUGUGUUUAAUUGAGACAAAACGGUUUGAAAAGGCUGUUUUCUUAUAACUAUCUCAGUUCAGCAUUGUGACAAAUUACGUCACUUUUCCUUUGAUCUUUUUAUUUGUAUUAAUAAUCUCCUGAGCAGUGUCUUGAAAAUAGUUAUAUUAAUAUAUGAACAUUGAAUUUGAAUGACUGUUGUUGGACCAUCACUGUUGCCUAGAUCUCAGUUAUACUGGAUAGCCUUGUACUGUACCAAAUCUGGAUUUCAAUGCUGGCAUUCCCAAUAAAUGCCAAGGAGAUAUUUCUACAGUUGUGA